GAAAACUUUGGCACGGUCGUUGGCGGAAAAAGAUCAAGCUUUCUUCCAAACGGUAGAAAAUCGCGCGAUACGAAAUGACGACCCAACGACCCCAGCCCGCGAUCGGCUCGCGCCCGACGACGACGCCGGCUCCGCCCCUCCGCGGUAGCGUCCCACGCGGACAUGCAUGCAUGGGCCAUCUCCUGCAACCUCCUCUACGUCAAAGCUGCGACCACCUUCGUCGCGAGCAAGAGGGGCAGCCUCUUCGCGGCUACGGCGAGCCUGGCUCUCAGGGCCUGGCUGGAGCUUCGGCGUGCACAAGGUGUUCGACGGAAUGCCGAUGCUGGGCGCACCUCGCCUCCGACCACCGUGCCUUCGACCACCUCUCUCCGCCUCGCCCUCCGCAUCCCGAGCUUGCCGAGCUUCCAUCCUAAAAACCCAAUCUUGGCGGUGGCGGGUCUUGCCGAGCGGUGGCGGAAGUGCCAGAUCCAGUGGCUGGAUGCCCUGCCCCUGGCUCGGCCUCCCGCGCCUCCGCUCGCCCCCUUCCUGAUCCUGCUCAUACUGCUCCUCGUCUCCACCACGCUCGCCGAGGUUACCUACUUGUUCCGGAGGCCAUCUGUUGGCGAUAUUGUCUUCUUCAGAGUGCCCAGAGGCCAUCUGUGUGAAUGUACUCUGUAAACGUAAAUGGAUGCUUAGGUUAAUGUAAAUGGACUACAAAUUGCUCCUGUUCUCUGAAAAUUACUCAGAGAGAGAGAGAGAGAGAGCGCACUUCAUGAUGUGUACGGCAUGAACAGGACCUUUGUGCUUCUCUCUUCUCUUUGGUUACAUCUACACAUGCUUCUCACGUUUUUAUAAACCAGCUGUAGCAUUGGAGGACCUUUUUACAAUUUACAUACACUGAAUCAAUUUUAAUUAACCAAUUAUCUGUAAUUAGUUAAUCGAAUGUAUUUUCCACCACUGAA